AUGGCGGUCCUCUCAAUCAAGUCCAAGUUUCGCGGCCCUGCGCCAUCAGCGGACCCCUCACAGGCCGAUAUCAUCGAUGAGACCCUUGACCUCUUCCGUGCCAACUCGCUCUUCCGCAACUUCGAGAUCAAAGGCCCUGCGGACCGUCUACUCAUCGUCUUGAUUCUCUUCGUAUCUGACUGUCUGGCAAAGAUCGGCUCAGCACGUACUGUGCCCAGCCAGAUCGAGGCAACCAAGUUGCUCAACACGUUGGCUGUGGACAAUUUCCCCGUUCCCGGCGACGCCAACUUCUCGCUGAAUGCGCACUAUGCAUCUCCAGCAAGCCGAGCAGAUGCAGAUUACCUACGGCAAUACUUGACGCAAGUGCGGCAGGAACUUGCAGCACGCCUCAUCGAGCGACUGUACGCAGAUGGCACGGGCAAACCGAGCAAAUGGUGGAUGUCGUUCCAGAAAAGGCGCUUCAUGAGCAGGAGCUUGGGCGCAUAG